AGCAGUUUCUAUGGAGGCGUUUAUUUCUUUAUGUCCAAGUCCAAUAGAUAUAUCGUCACUUGCCAAUACAACAGCAGUAGGGGCCUGCCUUUUUAUAACAAGAAGUUGCUCUAUAGUUUUAUAAGAUCUCUAGAUAUGCACAACUUAUAUGAUACAUAUAGUCUAGUUGCAAAAACCUUCCAAUCUGAUACACCUACAGGCGGAUUCGACCAACAGAAAACAGUAGGAAAAAACCAAGUACCACCAUAUUUGAACAUCUAAAAAAUGGAAUGGAUAACAUAUAUCAAAAUAUCAAGAUACAUGUUAAAAAAAUUAUACAAAAAGAGUAUUCCUCUCUUAACUCUCUCCACUUCAUAAGCAUAUCUAAGUUAUCUCCAGCAUCCGGCACGCGCGUGAGUUGCGCAUGCGAUGCUGUCGUCCUCUCUCCUCUAUCCUCGGUUUGAAUUUGGUUCCUUCGUGGUCAUCUCUUUCCUCUGCCUUGCUCGUUGCUCUGACUCUGAAGGUUUGUUUGGUUGAGCCUCUGCUCGCGAGGAAGCGCGACUCCGGCUUGAUCUUUGUUGGUUUUUGGAGCCUCAACGGGAGGAAAUGUGGUGUCUUACGGCGGGGCUCGGUUUUUGGGUUUUCAUAAGAUAAAUUUUGCUUUUGAUUGCGCAUGGAUGUGGCUCCAAGCUGUCAGCGGUUCUGGUUUGUAGGUCCUGGAUCUGCUCCCUUUACUUCUGCUAGCGCGAUGUCUGGAGACGUGUGUGGUUGCUUAGUCUCGGUGUCAUGGUGAGUCAUACCCUGUUCUAAUAGAUACCAUGGUUGCCUCAUAGAGUCCGCUACUUGAAGACAUGUUUAGUCGUCUGGCGUGUAUCGUAUCUAGCGGUGUUGGUGUGUGGAGUCUCGCCACAUUACGGUUUGUUUGUUGUUGUCUAUGGUUUCUUCGAUCUAGCACUGGCGAUCUCCCAUCCAUUUUGUCUUGCCUCUUCGUGGUGUUACAUCCAGUCUCUUAUUUUGAAGCUUGUUGACGGCUUCAUUGUUGUUUUGCUCAUGUUUAUUUGGUGGUUGAAUCGUUAUAACGUGUGGAAGCAAAAGGUUACUGUUUCUCGGUUCUCGAUGACGGCGUAUGACGAUACUUGUUGUGGUAUGUCGUGGUAUGAGGUCAUAUUGCUCUCCUCGGUGACUCCAUUCAGAGUUUAGCACAUUUCUUUGCAGGUCUUCGAGCUUAAGCUGGUUCUAGUACAUCGGUCUUCUUGUGCCCGUUUUUUGCAGCUUUCUCGGUUGUUGUUUUUUUAUUGCGAUGAGGUUACUGUGUCUCUUUGUUGCGGCUGUGUGAUAUCUUUACUGGCUGUUGGAUGUGUGUGUAUUUGGAGGAAGCCCUCGGUGUCUCGCUGUAGGUGUCAGGUAUGGGUUCUUCAUCCUCAUUCCUCUUUGAGCUUCAUGGAGCGUAGGAUUCGGCGAGGAGGAGAGUUGGAUGCUUCAAGCGGAUUAAUUUAGAUGAGAUGGUGAAGACGAAAGUGUCUGGUGUUGUGUAUCCGAUUAGUUAAAGCUAUCAAUUUCAAUGUUGUAUCGAAUUUUGCUUGCUUCCAGGUAUUGUUGGGUUGCGAGUCAAUCCCGCCCCGCUUGCCCUGCAAAUCCGCGGAUUGAGUGAAUUUUAAAAAAAAAACACUUGACCCACAAAAAGAAAAUAAAAAAUCCGCAUACGCCCCGCUUAAACCCGCAGGUGAUCUGCUAAACACGCGGACAAUAUUAAUAAUAAUAAAAUUUAUUUUUUUAAUUUUUUUAAUUAAAUUAAUAAUAAUGAUGUAUUUAUAUUUCAAUAAUUAUUAAAAUAGUUUUUGUUUCUUUUUUUUUAAAAAAAAAUUGUGGAUUGGCGAGUAUCAGCGGUUUAAAUUUGGUUGACUUAUACCCGCGAAUUAAUUUUUUUUAAAUCACUCGCUGCAUCCGCCCUGCGGCGGAUCAAACAGACCGGGUCCACGGAUAAUGAUUUUAAUUCUCAGUUCUACUUCCAACCCAAAUUUCUCUGUAACAAUGCCCUUUCGGAAAGAAUUAAAUUUAAAAGAAAAAAAUACAUGUUGUUUACAAAUAGGAGAUACAGUAGCUCAUUUCAUUUUGAGUGAUUUUGUGGGCUGUAGUUAUUAAAAAAUAAAGAAUAUGAAAUCAAGCCUAUCAGAGCGUCCUACCGUGAAUCUCAUCGUGUGGGAUAUUAAUUUCAUAGGCUCCUCGUCUGACCAAGCUUGGCUGGCUUCCUUAAGUGCUCACCAUUGCCCCCAUUAAGGAGUAAUAUAUUUUGACUUUUAAUCUCUUUUUUUCUUUCCCUCUUUUGGUUCACCUUAUAGUAUUGGAUUAAAUUAAUAAUUCCAAGGAGGAGGAUGAUUGGUGUUGAUUAGUUUAAAAUGUAAUCGCGCAGAGUACGUGUUCUAUUGGCAGCCUCGCUUUAAAGUUAUUUUGAGAUCGUUGGCAAAAGUGGAAAUGAAUAGCUUUUGGUACAACUCAUUAAGAAUGGAUACGCCUACGGAAGAGCAUCAUUCACUGUGUUCCAACUACAAAAUGUUCUGAUUUGUUUAAUGUUCCAAAUUCUUUACUGUAUUUAAAUACAGUUUGGAAAUAUUAAACAGAAAUGUCAUAAACAACUUUAUUUGUUCAAUGAUCGUUUUAUUUUUUAAACUUUGAAUUAAUGACAUGUGAUUGCUCCUGUAGACGUCAGCACAACCACAUUCACAAAAUUGUACAAAAUAUUAUUGUAUAUUCAACUGUUAAAGUGCUCUUAAAAUAUUAUGGUUUCCAGAAAAUCAAGUUACUGAAAACAUCAAAAAAAAAUUUUAAUUGCAGUUAAUUGAUAAAUUGUUCUCUUGAAAUCGUCUUUGUCAAGUUAUAUUUCUAAUGGUUUAAAUAUAUUUUUCAAAAGCUUGUUUUGUUUUUUUAUGCAAUGUAACCUAACAAUUCUUUUGUUAUCAUUUUUGAUAAAUUUGACUGAGUAAAAUAUUUGUUUACGGAAGAAGCACCAAAUUGAUAAAAUAGCUGUAUCAUGAAAUAUUUUAAAAUAUUAAACAUUUUUUCUUAAAUACAAAUUUUUUUGAUCAACUAUUAUUAUAUACAAUUUAAAUUAUAAGUUAUCAUUGUUUAUCUAGCCUUUUGUUUUUUUAGCGUAUUUCUUACUUCCUGACAACCAUUGAAAGUACGAAUAUACCGCGAGUAGUUUUGCUCAUUCGUAACGCGAAAUGUUGUUCUUCUGUCCCAUCAAUUCUCUAUUGGUUCACUGUAACUUUAUUAUAACCUUAAAAUAAUUUUCGUUUGGCUGAACAGAUUACCCGUGAGGCCAUAAAGUCACUAUCAGAAGCACUACUCAGUUUGAAUGUAUAAUAAAUUACUGCAUGUGGUAAGAAUCGAAUCAAUAGAUGUUUAAUUGGGGAUUUGGUCAUCUUAAGUGGCUGUCUCUACAUGGGGUUCAGAAAUAUACUUUUAGUUUGCAAAUCUUGGUUGACAUUUUAAGCAAUGAGUAUACAAAUUAUAGUGGUACUGGUUAUUAAAAGACUUUAUAAUAUGUCAAAACGAGGAAUGAGCAACGUGAAGAAUUGCAAUUUCUCUUUAUACGAUCAUCAUAAACAAAUUAUAAUCUAACUCGUAUUUAUGUGUAAACAGCUAAACAUCAUUAUAAAAAAGCAUGAUCUUACGAUUUACCCACGGGUUCUCUCUCUCCUCACAUAAUCACAUUCAUAUAAAUAUACACACAUUGAUACAAAAAAGACAGAACACAGUUACAUUUCACUUAAGCCUAAUCAUCAGACAAAACUUAAAAGCUUCUUCGUGUUUUCUUUAUGUCGAACGGUAGUAAUUCGCCGACCACCCGGACGACGUCGUUUCGCGUAGCUUCCCUCGCACUGCCUUCAAAAUCUUCUGAUCAGUCUCCUCAGUCAUCUCCAGGCUCAUCUUCGUCCCCAACUCCAACGCGGAGGCCUUCUCUCCCCGCCGGUGGAUCUCCGGCGAGAAGAACGGCGACUGGAUUAUCCGGCCGGCACUCAUUAUUCAGGGGAAUUCGUCUACGGAACGGAAAAUGGGUGUCGGAGAUUCGAGAGCCGCGUAAAACGACGCGAAUAUGGCUCGGGACUUAUCCCCUCCCGGAGAUGGCUGCCGCCGCUUACGACGUGGCGGCGCUAGCUCUGAAAGGCCCCGACGCCGUUUUGAACUUUCCUGGUUUGGCUUUGACUUAUGUGGCUCCGGCUUCUAACUCUGCCGCGGAUAUUAGAGCUGCCGCCGGGAGAGCCGCGGAGAUGAAGCAACCGGAGAGGGUAUUGGAGCCGGGUCAAUCCGAGAAGGAGGAGGAAGAAGAAGCAAUAUUGUCUUCUUCGUUGGAGUUUAUGGACGAGGAAGCGAUGCUGAAUAUGCCGAAUUUGUUGACGGAGAUGGCGCAUGGGAUGUUGAUGAGUCCACCGAGGAUGACAGAUCCGGCUCCGGAGAAUCAUGAAGAAGAUAGUCUCUGGAGUUACAGAUGAUUCCAUUGAAACUGUCUUUUUCUUCUUCUUAUCUUUUUUUUCCCGGUCGGAAAAGAUUUUUGUUUUUGUUCUUUGUUUGCUUUUUGAGUCGUUGUUAUGAAUGUUGCAUGCUGAAUCGUUCCAUACGACCUUCGAUUGCUUGCAUGCGAUCAUUUAGAGCUUCCAUAUUCUUCUCCAUGACAGUAGUUGAAACGAUGACGUGAUUAUAUCCUCCUAUGAAUAUCAAAUUGUUGAUUGAGCUCCGCCAUCAUCAAAUUAAGCUUGCCGAUUAUUUGUA